GGUGCCAUAAGUCCUCCUUUUCUUUUUGCGAAUACAGACUAACACGGCUGUUACUCUGAAACCUGUCAUUAAGUAGAUAUAGAUAUACUUACAAAUUAUAAAUAUGUAUACACACACACACACACUUACAAAUGAUAAAUGUGUUAGUCUCUAAGGUACCACAAGUACUCCUUGUUCGUUUAGCUAGGUAUUAGUUUCCCCCUUCAAAAAGAAAAAGAUGUCAGUAAGUUGCAACAGCUCCAAGGGGGGAUUCAAACAAAGUCUGUUCAGAUUAAUUAGAUCUGUAAUUAAAAUAAUUUUAAAGUGUUGCUAUAAACGCAGAAGGGGCUGAGAAAAGGGUUCUCUCCCCUACACAAAAAUCUCCCAGGACUCCUUCCUCUGUAUGAUACACUACAACUCCCACAAUUCUGUGCAAGCCAUGUGAUUUUUAUUGAGCUUGCAAGUGACUAUAUUGAAGCAUACACCGCCUCGCAACUUACCAAACUAUUGAGUUUCCAGAGGAGCGGCUAUCAUACUUCGGGAUCACUUUACACAUUCCCUUCCUUUCCGGUUGUGUUGCACUGCAAAGCAGAAAUAAAGAAGCCAAGAUGAUGCAAAUGUAUUUCUACUUCUCGGACAAGGUGGUACUUUUGUUUGACUUCUGGAAUGUCCACACCCCUGCAGGGAUGGUGCUCUCGGUGCUGGUGGUUCUGCUGCUAGCGGCGUUGUACGAAGCCAUCAAGAUCAGCAAAACCAAACUCCUUCGCCGGAUGAUACUGGCCAUCCCCACCACCCUCAGUCAGGAGUCACUCAGGGAGCCGGAGCCGGGGGCCGUCAACUCAAACCUGGGUCAGCAAAACACCACCUCAAAAAGGUGGUUUCUUUACCACAUCAGCCAGAGCCUGCUCCACGUGGUCCAGGUGGUGAUCGGUUACCUGGUGAUGCUGGUGGUGAUGUCCUACAACACUUGGAUCUUCCUGGGGGUGAUCGUGGGUUCCGCCCUGGGUUACUACGUGGCUUACCCAGUGUUCACCGUGAGAUAGCGGUGGCCUGCUGCACUCCAGGGCACUGCAAAGCAGAAGACGGCAACCUCUGCAGUGGGGGAAGGACUAAAGAGGCUCCACUAGAGAAAAUGCUUGUGCAAAGCUUGGCCUGUAGCUGGUGGGAGAUGAAUCUCCACACAAUGGGGGACUCCCCCCAUUCCCCCACCUCGGGGGAUUGAGUUUCUUCCUUUUAAUCCUAGCGGUGGUCUCCACUUCUAUACAAUUACCCAUUUUUAAGAUCACUUUUGGACCCUUUCUGCCGGGCAGGCCCUCAUCGCCCUGGCCAAGCAGGGCACAGCCCCACGAAGAGCUAAACUGGGCCACAUGCUGGCUGCGAACCGGGCUGGGCGGAUGUCAUAAAUAUAAAGGGAAGGGUAACCAGCUUUCUGGUUUCUGGUUUACAGUGCUAUAAAAUCCCUCCUGGCCAGAGGCAAAACUCUUUCACCUGUAAAGGGUUAAGAAGCUAAGAACCUCCCUGGCACCUGACCCAAAUGACCAAUGAAGGGACAAGAUACUUUCAAAUCUGGAGCGGGGGAACAAAGGGUUCUGUCUGUCUGUGCGAUGCUUUUGCCGGGAACAGAUCAGGAAUGCAGCCUUACAACUCCUGUUAAGUUAGUAAGUAGUCUAGCUAGAACAUGCGUUGGAUUUCCUUUUGUUUAAUGGCUGGUAAAAUAAGCUGUGCUGGAGGGAAUGUAUAUUCCUGUUUUUGUGUCUUUUUGUAACUUAAGGUUUUGCCUAGAGGGAUUCUCUAUGUUUUGAAUCUGAUUACCCUGUAAGGUAUUUACCAUCCUGAUUUUACAGAGGGGAUUCUUUUACCUUUUCUUUAAUUAACGUUCUUCUUUUAAGAACCUGAUUGAUUUUUCAUUGUUCUUAAGAUCCAAGGGUUUGGGUCUGUGUUCACCUGUACAAAUUGGUGAGGAUUUUUAUCAAGCCUUCCCCAGGAAAGGGGGUGUAGGGCUUGGGGGGAUAUUUUGGGGGAAGACGUCUUCAAGUGGGCUCUUUCCCUCUUCUUUGUUUAAACAUGCUUGGUGGUGGCAGCAUAGGGUUCAAGGACAAGGCAAAGUUUGUACCUUGGGGAAGUUUUUAACCUAAGCUGGUAAGAAUAAGCUUAAGGGGUCUUUCAUGCAGGUCCCCCCAUCUGUACCCUAGAGUUCAGUGGGGAAGGAACCUUGACAGCAGACAAGCAGCUCAGCCGUACAGCUGCCGUCUCCAAUGACUUUGAGCCCACCCUCAGUUCUCACUCAGGAAUCCCAGGAGCCUUUCCCUGCUGACUGGAGGAGCAAGAGGACUUGGGCACUGACACCCUCGCCCGGGGACGGACAGAGCAGGCGGACAUGUUACAGGCUAUGUCCAUCAGCGGAUGCUGCAGGGAUGAGAAUGCCGGGGGAUGGAUUGGGGUUUAUUUUACCCUCCCUCCCAGAUUGUUCAUGUUCCUGGCUGGCUCCGUGACGGCUCUGUUCACCGCUCCCUGUUGCUUGUGGGCAGGAGGAAAAUAACCCUCAAUGGGCUCAUGCUGGUCUCUGACCCCAAGGGGACGCUCCCCUCACACUGUGCCUUCUGUGUUCCCAACAGAACAAAGCUGUACGUCAGCUCCCCGUCUCAGCACCCUCUGGAUAGUGCAGGGGGUGAGCACAGCUUGAUGACCCCCCACCCUCCUGCUGCUUGAGCAUAAGGGAGUAAAUUGGUUGGUUUAACAGUCUUGCGUGUGCAGUGGCUCGGUUGCUUUGGAAGCCAGGAUGCCCCAGGGGCUGGUGGGCCUCGCAGGAUCCUGCUGUAUUUCAUGCCAAGAGAAGGGCAAGUUUUAAUAAAGCUAUC